CAAAUGGCCAGUGACGAUGAACUGAAGCUUCUGGGCACAUGGGCCAGCGCAUGGGCUACCCGGGUGAAAAUUGCCCUCCACCUCAAGGGCCUAAGCUACGAGUACGUCGAGCAGGACCUCGAUAACAAGAGCGAGCUCCUCCUGAGCUCCAACCCGGUGCACAAGAACGUGCCCGUGCUCAUCCACAACGGCAAGGCUAUCUGUGAGUCGCUCGUCAUCUUGGAGUACAUCGACGAGGCCUUUGACGCAACAGGCCCCUCCCUCCUCCCUGCUGACCCCUACGAACGCGCGUUAGCUCGGUUUUGGGCCGCCUACAUUGACAACAAGUUAGCUGUCCCGUGGGCCCAGGCAUUCAAGGCCAAUACAAAGGAGGAGAAAGCCCAAGGGCUGAAGCAGACGUUGGCAGCGGCGGAGAUGCUAGAAGGUGCUCUCAAGGAGUGCUCCAAGGGGAAGCUCUUCUUUGGUGGCGAUAAUGUUGGGUACAUGGACAUCGCGCUAGGUGGUCUGAUCACGUGGCUGCAGGAAACGGAGGAGCUCUGUGGUACCAAGCUCUUUGACACCGCCAAGACUCCUCUAUUACUGGAGUGGAUGGAGCGUUUUAGCGGGUUGGACGCAGCCAAGGUAUCUCUGCAGGACGGCGGUAGGUUGGUCGAGUUUGCCAAGAUGAGGCGGGCUCAGAUGGCUGCUGCUACGACCGUGCCUCCAAAGAACUAA